AUGAAGUGGGCUUUGCCUUUGUUGCUGGCCUUUGUGCCUUGGACUGUGGCAGAUUUUGGGAAUACAACUGAGUUGCUCAAGACUCUGCCUAGCUGUUCGUCUCCUUGUUACGAAGACUCUUUUGGAAAAUCAGGAUGUAGCACUACCGAUGUAGCUUGCUUAUGUGGAGGAGGACAGAAGACCAUCAAAACGGCUGAGGGGUGCGCAGCUCAGGUUUGCCAUGUCAAAGACAGUUUGACCACUCUAAACAUGACCUAUACCUACUGCGAUUAUCCCGUCCGCGACAAGACCGAAAUCUUCAUCAACGUUACAAUCGUCCUCGGCGUCAUCUCCGGCGUUUCUAUUCUCCUGCGUCUCGGCACAAAAUACUUCCUCAGCAACGCUGACUAUGGUCUCGACGAUCUUUUCAUUUGUCUCACACUUCUUAUCGGAAUGCCUUCGACUGCGAUGAAUAUACACGGUACAGCAGGACACGGAGAGGGACGUGAUAUCUGGACGCUCGAGUUUGACCAGAUCACCAAAUUCGGCUUUUAUUUCUGGCUUCUCGAGGUGUUCUACUUUGCUCAAGUCUCGUUCCUCAAGACGUCGUUGUUGUUCUUUUAUCUCCGUAUCUUCCCUGGCAAGGCGCAGAAGCUUCUUUGGGGAACUAUUGUUUUCAAUACUGUUUAUGGAGUCGUCUUUGUUUUCUUAGCUGCCUUUCAGUGCACGCCUGUCAACUACUUCUGGCUUAGCUGGGAUGGUGAGCAUGAAGGAAAAUGUUUCAACAUCGCAUCCAUCGGCUGGGCGAAUGCGGCUAUCAGUAUCAUCUUGGACUUUUGGAUGCUAGGCAUCCCCAUGUGGUACAUCCGUAAACUCAAGUUACACUGGAAGAAGAAAAUUGGUGUUGCCGCCAUGUUUAUCGUUGGAACUUUUAUCACUAUCGUGAGCAUCAUCCGCUUGCAGUACAUCGUCCACCUUGGAUCUUCAACAAACCCAACCUACGACCAAACAGAUGUGUCAAUCUGGUCGACUGUGGAGAUCAAUAUCGGCAUUAUCUGCGCAUCCAUGCCUGCUUUGAGAGUCCUUCUCGUCCGUAUCUUCCCCGCUCUCGGCGGCUCCUCCCACGACUCAAGCAAAUACAACAAUUACGGCGAAAACUACGGCCGCAAGUCACAUGUUCUAAGCCGUAGUCGGGCUGCUCGGGUGGAGCUCCCCUCGGAGACGGGCGACUCGGACCAUUCGCCUGAGCAUGGAGGAAUAGAAAUGCACAGGACAUUUCAAGUGCAGUAUAGUGAGAAUGAUGAGCAAAGCCUGGUAGAUGGGCCGAGCAAGUACAAUAAGACACAGGUUAUAUCGGAGACAAGGAGGUCACGCGAUACUGGCGAUAACUCAAUUUAG